AUGCGAAAGAGGUAUAAAAACUUUUUGACUGAUUCUCCCCGUGAAGUGUAUAUCAGGAGCUCAGGUAAGGAUCGGUGUCUGGAGAGUGUGUCACUCCUGGCGGCCGGUCUUUAUCCGCCGACAGGCCGUUGGAAGUGGAAUAACGAUUUGGGCCGACACUGGCAGCCCAUUCCCAUACAUACCGUUGAUUUCAAUGAGGACGGGAUGUUAAAUCCGCGAUCGAUAUGUCCGGCGGCCACAAAGGAUAGAGAAGCCAUUUCACAGUCAAAGCCUGUCAAACAUUUAUUAGCUAAACAUCAGCAAUUAUUGAAGUAUACAUCAGAAAAGUGUGGCGAAAAGUUGGAUGACUCGAGCGCUGGUAAUCUCUACAAUACAUUAGAGAUCCAUAAGAUUCAUCGAUAUAGGAAGAUUGAAUGGCUUAACCAAACGGUUUAUCAUUGUUUGCGUGAAUUUCACGAAAUGGUCUUUGUUUUCGACUCAUUCACUCAUUUGCAAAGAAGAUUACGCGCGGGAGCUCAGGUAAGGAUCGGUGUCUGGAGAGUGUGUCACUCCUGGCGGCCGGUCUUUAUCCGCCGACAGNCAGGUAAGGAUCGGUGUCUGGAGAGUGUGUCACUCCUGGCGGCCGGUCUUUAUCCGCCGACAGGCCGUUGGAAGUGGAAUAACGAUUUGGGCCGACACUGGCAGCCCAUUCCCAUACAUACCGUUGAAUUCAAUGAGGACGGGAUGUUAAAUCCGCGAUCGAUAUGUCCGGCGGCCACAAAGGAUAGAGAAGCAAUUUCACAGUCAAAGACUGUCAAACAUUUAUUAGCUAAACAUCAGCAAUUAUUGAAGUAUACAUCAGAAAAGUGUGGCGAAAAGUUGGAUGACUCGAGCGCUGGUAAUCUCUACAAUACAUUAGAGAUCCAUAAGAUUCAUCGAUAUAAAAAGAUUGAAUGGCUUAACCAAACGGUUUAUCAUUGUUUGCGUGAAUUUCACGAAAUGGUCUUUGUUUUCGACUCAUUCACUCAUUUGCAAAGAAGAUUACGCGCGGGAUUACUAUUGAAGGAUAUCUCCAGUCGUAUAAAGCAAUCGCUGGAAGAUCAGAGAUUUCGAUAUAAGAUGUUUAUCUAUUCAACGCACGACAUUCAAGUGGGUCUUCUUCUCAAUGCUCUCAAUGUUUACAAUAAUAGAAACAUUGGUUUC